UCGUCGAAAGUCGAAACACUCGAAACGCAAUCAUUGUGUUUUGGUAUUUAUAACGAUAGCCAUCCAAAACGCUAUAAACAUUUUUAGUUUAAUUAUAAAGAUAUUUCUUAUUAAUUACACUUUUUUGUAAUAUGCCACCGAAACGCAAGGUUUUUAAGGGAAUAGUCCGACAAAAUAAGGAAAAGAAAGAAUUAGAAGGGAACAAGCCCAAAGAAUACAAGCCCAAUGAUCAAAAUCAAUUACCUGGUGUUCAACUUGAUACAAAGAGCCUGAGUCAAACAAAAACACAAAAAAGAUCCGCCCAUAGUACAAUACCUAAUGAUAUUCGACCUAUAAAUUCGAAACUGAAAGAUGAUGUGGAGUGUAAGUUAAGCAGCCCACCGCAAAAAAAGGUACAUGUAUCACAGAGUGAUGUAAGUAUUGAAAAUAGGAAUGCCCAAAAUUCUAAUAUAAAUGAUAGAACAACUAAACAAAAAAUUAAUAUUUUAAGUAAUAUAUUGAUACCGAAUUUACAAAUCUCGACAAAAAACGUUAAUCUAAAAAUUCCGAAUACUAUCAAUGAUAUUACGUCUCAUUAUGUACACGAACAAUUUUAUUUACUUUCCAGUUUUGAUUUUUUGGAAGCUUACAAUAACCCUAGAUCGGAAAUAAACGUCAAUAAUUUAUUUGGUUAUUUAAUGUAUAUAGCUUAUAUUACACAAAAUAAGCGAAAAGUAUGUCUAAUUAAUAUAAACUAUACAGUAGCCAUUUUCAAUAAAACCCCUACUUCACCAAGAGAUGGUGCUUGGGGCAAUCCUGAUACCUAUGAAGUGUUGUUCGUUCCUAUUUAUUUUCCAAGACAUUUUGCCUUAAUUAUUCACGAAAAAGGAGGUAAAACUAUCUUUUAUGACCCUUUACCGGAGGGUAACAGAUUAUUAAAUAAAAACUACGCUGAUUAUUUUACUCGUAUAAAAAGUGCAAUUAGAGAAUUUGAUUCGUCUAUCAUUUCGAAUAAUGACAUACAUGUCGAAAUUGCUAAUACGAAUACAUAUAAUUUACAAAGCGUCGACAAAGACGACAAUUACAAUUGUGGAUAUUAUGUUUCUUUAUACGUCGAAUCUUAUCUAAUGAAUGACAAACAUAUGUUACUAACCAAUUUAAAUAUUGCAAACGAACGUCAAAGAAUAAAUCGUAUAAUAGCGGAAUUGUGUCAUGAAAGAGUGCCCAUAUACGAAGCUAUAGCAAGUUGUCAUAAAAUCCAAUCAUCACAAUCAAAGAAACUUGGUAGAAAAAAAAAAAGUAAAAGUAACGUGGAAAUUUUUAAAAAUGCAAAAAAAGACAACUUAGAAAAAAAUGUACCACCUCAAAAAAAAAUUUGUCUUAACGAAUCUAUGGAAAUAAACGACAAUAUUAUGACUCUUUCGCAAUCGAUGAUGCCACCACCGAGUAGUCAUCACAAAGUUACCGCAAACGUUGAAAUCGCAAAUAAAAUUGAAACUGAAAUUUUUGACGCUUUAGGAGAUGAAUUAAUGGCAAAUCUUAAAAUUACUUCAACUAAAAACGUCGAUUGCCCUUUGAAUGUACCAACGAAUGUAGCCGCCAUAACGUACCCCUUGCCUAAAGAAUAUUAUACAUUGUCUCGAUUAGAUUUUAUCGAAUCAUAUCAAAAUUCCAAAUCCGAAAUGAAUAUCAACAAUUUACAUGGUUACCUAAUGUACGUUACAUACCUAGCCUAUAAUAGAACAAAAUCUCUUUUACUUAAUAUUAAUUAUACUGUAUCUAUAUAUAAUAAGAUAACAAACGUUUCCCCUACAGAAGGACUUUGGGGAAAUCCACAUAAUUAUGAAGUAUUAUUCAUUCCGAUUUACUUUCCCGGACAUUUUGCACUAAUUAUUCACGAACGAGGAAGUAAAACUAUAUUCUAUGAUCCCCUUCCUAAUGACAAUAGAUUAAAGGACAAUAGUAAUUAUUUUAUUUCUAUAAAAAAUGCAAUUCAAGUAUUGGAUUCGUCAUUUCUUACAAACAGUGAAAUACACAUUGAAGUUGCAAAUGAACAAACUUACAAUUUACAAACGGAUUCAUAUAACUGUGGAUAUUACGUAUGUAUUUAUGUUGAGACGUAUUUGAUGAAUGAAAAACGCAUGCUUUUGUCCGAUUUUAACAUCGCGACAGAACGCCAAAGAAUUAACGGUAUGUUACUAGAAUUAUAUAAUGAGAAAAUACCUUCCUACGAAACCCGAUCCGAUUGCCUUUUUAACGAAAUUGAAAUUAAUGAUAACGAAAUCGUCGAAAUUUGCGAAGGCACACCUAUCGAAUCUGAUUCCGACGUUAGUAUUGUAUCUACAUCUUCUUCCAAUAGUAGAAGAUCAACUAGAUCUACAAGAAGUACGGUUAGCUACAGUGAAUCUAGAAAAUCAAAUAAAAAUAAACUAAAACCUAUGAAAUAUUGUAAAAGAACUCACGGUAUUUACGGUUGUUUUGCAAAAAGUGCCAAACAUUCAAUCGACUAUCUCGAAUGUGGAAAAAUAGGUGACCAAAUAUGUAAACAUUGCAAGGCACUUUUGUUUAAAGAUGAAACUAGCGCUAUAUGUUGUAAUCACGGUACUAUUAUGUUACCUGCAAUUUCACCGGUUCCCGAAGAUAUUCGAAAGUUAAUGGACGAUCCCGUACACGGAAAACAUUUUCGACAGUACUUCCGAAUUUAUAACAUGCUAUUAAGUUUUGGUAGUAUAGAAGCGGGUCGAAAAAAGGCACCCGGACAAGGUCCACCGGUUAUGUUAAUUAAUGGCGAAAUUAAACGAAACAUAAGUCCCCUGUUUGCACCCGACGGAAAAACGCCAGUACACGGUCAAUUGUACAUGCUUGAUCCGAUGAUGAUGCAAGAUUCGGUAGCUCAAAAUCCGCUGUCUACAAAAUUCGGCAUUAAACGGGAAAUAUUACAAAAAUUGUUCACUAUAUUACAAAAACACCAUCCGCUUUGCGAAGCGUUUAAUAUAAUGCACCAACUCUAUAUGGAAACAUCGGCCGAUGUGCAAAGACAAGGGUUUGAUGACGUACAACAUGUCACAUUAGUCUUGGUAAAUCCGAAACAAGUUCCUAACGCAAUGAUUGAUCCCGGUUUACAUCCACGUGCAGUUAAUUUACCACAAGUAAAAGAAUUGUGCGCUUUUUAUGUUAGUAACGAAAACGACGAACCGGUAUAUCGCUAUGGUACUUGGUUAAAAAAGAAAAAUGGGCAAGUAAUAUGUUUUCCACUUUAUGAUCGACUAAACGAUUGCCUGCAUUACGUUUUAAACUUGGCGAACGGUGAUUUUGGAUAUUAUCCAGGUAUAGAAAAAGUUAAAAAACGGAAUACGCCAAAUCAACGUACAAUUACUUCAGCUGAACAAAAUGAUCUCGGUUGUUCGCCAAACGCCGUUUACGACGAAGAAAUAGAUGAAGUCGAGCACAAAAACCACGUAUCCGUAAGAGAUUUUUAUAGAUUUCACUUAGCAAUUCGUGGUGAUAAUAAAGGAGCUACGCACUUUUUAUAUCCCUUCGGUAGUAUCACACAAGAAUAUAUUAUCGAUCAGAGCAUCAAAGCCGAUCAGCAAGUGCACGAAUUUAUUAAGAAAAAUUACGAUACAUUUUGUACCACUGCUCCCGAAGUACGCAUGGCAUUGGAUAGAGAUUUACAAAAAUUAUGCGAAGGAAAAAAAUUAGGAAAAGUCCUACGAUUAUCUUCUAGAAUGGUAGGUUCUCCUGCGUGGUAUCAACAACACUUUCACGAUGCCACGGCUCUGUUUAACCGCAUUGGUCGUCCGACCUUUAUGAUUACCACCACGUGCAACCCCUCGUGGAACGAAGUAAAAGAACAUUUAUUAAAAAAUCAAUAUAUUACAGAUCGCCCUGAUAUUAUAUGUAGAGUCUUUCUAGUAAAAAUUGAAAAAAUGCGAAAGCUUAUCGAAAAAGGUCAUAUAUUUGGUAAAGUUAAAGCAUUUAUCGAAAGUUUAGAAUUUCAAAAGAGAGGCGGACCCCACACUCAUCGCUUAAUUAGCUUAGAUUGUCCAAAUUCUCCCGAGUACGUAGAUGAAUACGUAUCCGCAGAAAUACCUAAAUUACCCGACGCAAACGAUAAAAGUGACGAAGCAGAAAUGAAUAGAAAAUUACGAGAGCUAGUGAUAAAGUUUCAAAUUCACAACUGUAAUACUAUUUGUCUUAACGAUAGUGGUAAAUGUUCGAAAGGUUUUCCAAAAAAAUUUUCAAAUUCCACUAUAACGUACGAAGAUAGACCCGCAAUAUACAAGCGAAGAUCGCCCGAAAACGGAGGAGAAACUUACAAAACACCUGGCGGAAAUAUAAUUACGAAUGCCUCUGUUGUUCCUUACAAUCCUGCUUAUCUUUUGGCAUGGCAUGCGCACAAUAACAUCGAGUUUUGUUACGGAACUCAAAGUUGUAAAUAUGCAAUUAAAUAUAAUUUUAAAAUGGGUAAUUACGCUUACGUUCGAAUUGCCCAAACAAAUAGUGAUAUUGUCGACUACGACGAAUCCGUAGGACUAAUGAAAGGUUAUUAUCGUUCGGCUCCGGAAGCGUACGCUAGAUUAAACAAGUGGCGAAUAAUUAGAUCAUCGCACACAGUAUAUCGACUUAACGUUCAUAUGCCCGGAGAAGGACCUUUAUAUUAUAGACGUGGUAACGAAGAAAUAAUUGCCGCACAAGUCUUGGACAAUAAUACCAAACUGUCCCAAUUGGAAAUGUUUUUCUUGCAAUGUUUAGAAGAAUCUCAACAUGAAAUAAACGAUAUGCGAAACUUAACGUUUCCUCAAUUACCGGAAACUUAUUGGUUUAACAAAAAAACGAAUCGUUGGACAAAACGAAAAAGAAUGGUAAACGUAAUAGGUCGUUUAUAUCCGGUUCCACCUAAUCAAACAGAAAAAUUCGCAAUAUAUCAACUUUUACUGUGUCGUAAAGGUCCAACAGGAUGGGAUAAUUUACGCACUCCAACAAAUUACGUAGAACCAUGCGAAACAUUCGUAGAUUGCGCAAAAAUAAUGGGUUUACUGAACGACAUAGAGACUUGGCGCAGAACACUUUUUGAAGCUAGUAAUGUUGGUUAUCCGAAAAUGAUGCGCAAUUUAUUCGCACAAAUAUUAGUAUGGGGACACGUAUCCGAUCCAUUAGCACUUUGGAACGAAUUCCUCCCAUUUAUGUACGAUACUCGUAAUUUGCGCGAUAACGAUGAUGCAGAAAAAUCGAGAAGAAUAAACAUUGCCCUUUGUUCUUUGAAUCGUAUUUUAAGUCACAAUUGGAAAACGAAUAAAGAUUUUAAUAUUCCCAUGCCCGAAAAUUACGAACAAAUCUGUGACGAUGAAAGAGAAUUCUUUUUUGGCGAAACUGAUAUCUUCGAUCGAGAUGACGAUACAAACGAAUUACCAUCGCAAGCUCCCAAUGAAUAUAUUGAAGAUGAAAACAUUAGCAAUUACGUAAAUUUGCCGAUUUACUUAAAACUAAACGUAGAACAAAAAAUCGUUGUCGAUUUAAUAAUAAAAGCUGUAGAAUCUACGCCAGAUGAUAAACUAAAUCCCACGCCUAGGCUGAUUUUCCUAAAUGGGGCCGGCGGCACGGGCAAGACUUUUGUCUAUAAAACUAUCAUAGAUAUAUUCUUUAGGUAUAAAAAGUAUGCCAUUGUUACAGCGUCAACUGGCGCGGCCGCACAACUUUUACCUCGCGGUAUGACCGUUCAUAACGCUUUUCAUUUGCCCACUGACGUUUCGAAAGGGACAGAUUACGUACCACCCAUACGGUGGAAUGACGUUAUAACCCAAAGAAUAAGAAAAACGCAGUUAAUAAUCAUAGACGAAAUUAGCAUGCUACAUCGAAAAUAUCUUAAUAUGAUAAACGAGGCGUGCAAACAUGCUGCACAUAUAAAUCUUUCAAAGCUCCUUUUCGGUGGUAAGAUCGUUUUAUUAGGAGGAGAUUGGAGGCAGCUCUUACCAGUAGUACAAUUUGCAGAUAUAAACGAACAGAUUAAAAGUUCCAUAAAAAAUUCCGAACUGUUCGCCGCAUUUCACAAAAUAACGUUAAUUAGAAAUAUGCGAGUAAAUGAAAACGAAAUAGAAUUUAAUCAAAUAUUAGAACGUAUAGGCGAAGAUACAGACGGUACUGGAGAAUUCCAAGUCCCCGCAGAUAUGUUGAUAGAAAGUGAAGACAAACUUAUAAAAUUUGUUUUCGAAAACAACGAAGCCUUGCUUAGAAACGACGCCGUAGAAAAAUUGCUUUUAAGUGCCAGACGCGCAGACGUUAGAAAAUUAAAUUCAAAAAUUUUAAAUAUGCUUCCCGGAGAAGAAAAAGUAUAUUUAUCUGCAGAUAAAUCGCUCGUAGACAAUCCGGCAUUGGACGUAUAUGCGGCCAUUAACGACGUGUCUUCGCUACACGAAGAAAAUCCAACAAAUUUUCCUCCUCAUAAACUAGUAUUAAAGGAAAAUGCGAUAGUAGUUUUAUUAAGAAACAUAGACGUAAGACAAGGAUUAUCAAACGGUACACGUUUAAUCGUAACACGUUUAGGUGAACACCUGCUACAUUGUAAAAUAGCAAUAGGACCGCAUCGAGGAAAGACUUGCGUUUUGGCAGUAUUAAAAUUCGUAUAUGAAGAUGAUCGCCUCGACGGAACAGGAUUGCAUUUUCAACGAAUGCAAUUUCCAGUAGAAUUGGCUUACGCUAUGACCAUAAACAAAGCACAAGGACAAACAGUCGCCAAAGUUGGUUUAUAUCUAAACACUCCAUUAUUUAGUCACGGUCAAUUAUACGUAGCCAUGAGUAGAGUCAGAAAAAAAUCAGACAUUAAGAUUUAUUUACCACCAAAUGAGAAAAAACCGCACAAGGUUAAAAACAUCGUCGCUAAAGAAAUAUUUAGAUAAAAAUAUGAUAUCUAUUGGCAAUUCUUUCUGUACAAAAAUGAAUUCAAAUAAGUCCUAUUCCUUAGUUAUUUUUUGAUCAAAUUAAAAUUUUUACAUAUUGUGCAAAUAACAUUCAUAUAGAAAAUAACAAAACAUUUUUUUUUAAUCUUUCAAAAUACUGUAUAUUGUAUAGUAUAAGUUGUGCAUAAACAUUUGUUUAAAAAAACUAACCGGCAAACGAACAUAUUAACAGGCUAGCCACGAGUACAAAAAAAGAUAUCCUAAACAUAUCGAAUCGCCAAAAAGACGACGAUAAAUAAUAAAGGUAUCUAAUAAUAUAUUCAAAUGCUAUACGCCGUAAUAUAUGUUAAAAUGCCAAAAGGUUAAACUGAUUAUCAAUUUAAAAAAAAACUAUUUUUGCACGCUUAUGUUUUAAAAUGUACAGAUAUACAAUUUAUAAAUUAAAAUUUAUUAUUUGUAACAAACAUUUAUAUAUUGUUAAUCAGUUGUAAUUAAUUUUUUUACACUUUUAUUGAUUAAUUGAUAUCCAUUAUUAAUAGUAGUAGUAUUAGUUUUUCUAACUUACAUAAAAUCUGUUAAAAUCACAGCGUUUUUCUAUCUAAUAAAGCGGUACAGUAAGACAAGCCAAUAAAUGUUACAUAUAUUCAAAUGAAAAACAUUUUAAACACGACACGAAAGCAAAUAAUUUAAUAAAUAAAAGAGACACGAUACUAGAGCGAACAUCUUAACAACAAACAAUGAAAAUCCACACUAUUUCAAGCCUUCGAAAGAGGGUAAUAGUGUUUGAAGAAGAAAAUUUCACAAUUAAGUUUUUUUUUUAAAUUUGAAGCAUGAUACUAGAGCGACCAUCUUAACAACAAAUAAGGAAAAUACACGCUAUUUUAAGCCUUCGAAAGAGGGUAAUAGUGUUUGACGAAGAAAAUUCCACAAUUAAGUUUUUUUAAAUAAAUUUGAGACAUGAUACUAGGGCGAACAUAUUAACAACAAAUAAAGAAGAUACACGCUAUUUUAAGCCUUCGAAAGAGGGUAAUAGUGUUUGACGAAGAAAAUUCCACAAUUAAGUUUUUUUAAAUAAAUUUAAGACAUGAUGAUACUAGGGCGAACAUCUUAACAACAAAUAAAGAAAAUACACGCUAUUUUAAGCCUUCGAAAGAGGGUAAUAGUGUUUGAAGAAAAAAAUUCCACAAUUAAGUUUUUUUAAAUAAAUUUGAGACAUGAUGAUACUAGGGCGAACAUAUUAACAACAAAUAAAGAAGAUACACGCUAUUUUAAGCCUUCGAAAGAGGGUAAUAGUGUUUGACGAAGAAAAUUCCACAAUUAAGUUUUUUUAAAUAAAUUUGAGACAUGAUACUAGGGCGAACAUAUUAACAACAAAUAAAGAAAAUACACGCUAUUUUAAGCCUUCGAAAGAGGGUAAUAGUGUUUGAUGAAGAAAAUUCCACAAUUAAGUUUUUUUAAAUAAAUUUGAGACAUGAUACUAGGGCGAACAUAUUAACAACAAAUAAAGAAGAUACACGCUAUUUUAAGCCUUCGAAAGAGGGUAAUAGUGUUUGACGAAGAAAAUUCCACAAUUAAGUUUUUUUAAAUAAAUUUGAGACAUGAUACUAGGGCGAACAUAUUAACAACAAAUAAAGAAGAUACACGCUAUUUUAAGCCUUCGAAAGAGGGUAAUAGUGUUUGACGAAGAAAAUUCCACAAUUAAGUUUUUUUAAAUAAAUUUGAGACAUGAUACUAGGGCGAACAUAUUAACAACAAAUAAAGAAGAUACACGCUAUUUUAAGCCUUCGAAAGAGGGUAAUAGUGUUUGACGAAGAAAAUUCCACAAUUAAGUUUUUUUAAAUAAAUUUGAGACAUGAUGAUACUAGGGCGAACAUCUUAACAACAAAUAAAGAAGAUACACGCUAUUUUAAGCCUUCGAAAGAGGGUAAUAGUGUUUGACGAAGAAAAUUCCACAAUUAAGUUUUUUUAAAUAAAUUUGAGACAUGAUACUAGGGCGAACAUAUUAACAACAAAUAAAGAAGAUACACGCUAUUUUAAGCCUUCGAAAGAGGGUAAUAGUGUUUGACGAAGAAAAUUCCACAAUUAAGUUUUUUUAAAUAAAUUUGAGACAUGAUGAUACUAGGGCGAACAUAUUAACAACAAAUAAAGAAGAUACACGCUAUUUUAAGCCUUCGAAAGAGGGUAAUAGUGUUUGA